AUUCGUCUUGUUUACACUUGAGGAAUAGAAAAAGAUAAUUUCCUGAUAUUGUGUCAAGAAAUUCCUCUUUAUCGGCUAUUUCCACCCAUUUCGCGGCUGUUACAAAACUGCAACAUAUUCCGAGAAGCUCCAUUUAUUGCAGGGUGACACAAGAAGAACCAUGGUUCUGCCCAGUCAGUCUCCCUGUGUAGCAGGGUUAUGUUCUCUGGCGGAGGAAUUGAAAAACGAGGCAUAAGCAAAGCCGUGAACAAGCGCAGCAGCAGCAGGAGAAGCAGCAGUAGCAGCACCGGCAGCGGCAGCACCAGUGGAAGCAGUAGCGGAAGUGGCAGCAGUAGUGGUAGCAGCAGCGAGAGUGGCCGAAGCAACAACAGUGGCAGCAGCAGCGGCAGUGGCAGCGGAAGUGGCAGCGGUAGCACCCCCCUCGGCUCCCCCCCACACGUGCAGAUGGCUUCCCACGAGUCACUCAACUCCGAGUCCAAGUCUAGCUCUCUCAACUCUAAACUGGGACAUGAGUCUGCAGGGUCUCCCUCGGCUGGGUCUCCCUCCCCCCCAAAGAGCGUCUGCUCCUCCAGCUCCACUUCCACUGACCAACACCACCACCACCAACUUGCGCAUGUCCUCAACGCUACCUCAAAACUGACUGUCCGGGAAGGAACCAGAACUCUCCGCCCUGAUGAGCCCACGCUAGUCCCUGGGGAGCACAUGGAGGGGACAGCCCGGGAGGUCACCUACCUCUGCCCCUACACAGGCCCCAAGAAGGGCACUCUCUCAGUCACAAAUUACCGCCUCUACUUCCGCAGCCCCGAGACCGACCCCCCAUUUGAGUUGGAGGUGCCCCUGGGAGUGGUUUCUAGAAUCGAGAAAGUGGGAGGUGCCAACACAAGUCGAGGAGAAAACUCGUAUGGCAUUGAAAUAUUCUGUAAGGACAUAAGAAAUCUCCGAUUUGCACAUAAACAGGAGAAUCACUCAAGGCGCAUGGUGACAGAGAAGCUGCUGCAGUACGCGUUUCCGGCUUCUCACAAACUGCCAUUCUUUGCUUUUGAGUAUUGUGAGCAGUAUCCGGAAAAUGGCUGGACUGUUUAUGAGCCUAUUGCCGAGUUAAAGAGACAGGGACUGCCCAAUGAAUCUUGGCGCAUCACGAGAUUAAAUGAGGACUACGAGCUCUGUGAGACGUACCCUGCUGUGUGGGCCGUGCCAGCAGCUGCCUCAGACACAGACCUGCGCAAUGUGGCAGCUUUCAGAAGCAGAGGAAGAAUCCCGGUCCUGAGUUGGAUUCAUCCUGAGAGCCAGGCCACCAUCACCAGGUGUGCUCAGCCCCUGGUGGGUGUGAGUGGGAAACGCAGCCGUGAUGACGAAGCUUACAUUCAACACAUUAUGGAUGCCAAUGCACAGAGUCACAAGAUCUUUAUCAUGGAUGCAAGACCAAGUGUAAAUGCUGUUGCCAAUAAGGCUCGGGGUGGAGGCUACGAGAGUGAAGACGCCUACCAGAAUGCUGAAGUCCAGUUCCUUGACAUUCACAACAUCCACGUCAUGAGAGAAUCCCUCCGCAAGCUGCAGGAGGUGUGCUACCCACACAUUGACAAUGCCCACUGGCUAAGUAAUCUUGAGGCAACGCAUUGGCUAGACCACAUUAGGUGUGUUUUGAGUGGAGCCCUAAGGAUUGCAGACAAGGUCGAAAGCCUCAAGACCAGUGUUGUCGUUCACUGUUCUGAUGGAUGGGAUCGCACAGCUCAGUUGACAGCUUUGGCCAUGCUGAUGCUGGAUGGAUACUACCGCACCAUUCCAGGCUUUGCUGUUCUUAUUGAGAAGGAGUGGCUCAGUUUUGGCCAUAAGUUUGCCCAGCGCAUUGGGCAUGGAGAUGACCGGCAUCAGGACGAGGACCGGUCACCAGUCUUCCUGCAGUUUGUGGAUUGCGUGUGCCAGGUGAUGAAGCAGUUCCCUCAUGCAUUCCAAUUCACGGAGGAUUUGCUCAUCACUGUCUUGGAUCACUUGUAUUCCUGUCUUUUCGGGACUUUCCUUUAUAACAGCGAGAGAGAGCGAAUGGAAAAGGAAGUCAAGACCAAGACGGUGUCGCUAUGGUCACUCAUCCUCAGCAAUCCUUCGGACUUCGAGAAUCCCCUUUAUAACCCCGCCACCCGCCACCACGUUCUCUUCCCCCUCACUUCAAUGCGCCACCUGUGCCUAUGGGAUAAGUACUACUGCCGCUGGAACCCUUCCAUGCGCCCACAGGAACCAGUUCAUAUCCGCUUCAAAGAACUGCUCCAUGUCAAGGGCCAGUUGGAGAGAAGAGUUGAUGAGCUUCGGAGGGAACUGGCAGCAAGGCAGACACAUGACUCUCCACGUGUGACUUCUGCCAUUGUUUAAUAUCCAAGGAGGCUAAUUAGAAGCUAGUUAAUUUUUUUUAUGGAUGAAGGAGUGAUUAUGUGAAUUUAUUUUCCAUUUUUUUCCCAUUUUGAGAGGGACAGUGGAGGGGAAAGAUUGACCAAACCAUUGAGGGCUGUCAAAAUGAUGGAGAAACAUAAAACUGGAUUUCUUUUUCUCUUUUCUUUUUACAUGGAUUAAACCCGCCUCGUACAAAGAAGGGUGAUGUUAAAUAUUCAUUCUAAAAUGAAAUCAUGAAUAGUACUCCAGUUCUUGGGCAUGAUUUUCACAAUAGAAUUAUUUAAGAUUCAUAAGAAUUUUUGUUAUGGUAAUGGACAUUUUUUUUUUUACACAUAUAUAUUUACGUAAUAUCUGAAUGACAUAGCCAUAAAUAAAACCGCAGGUGCAUGUAAAUCCAGUGUCUAGGAAGGUUCUUGAUUAGCCACAGUUAUGAUUUAGACUGGCAUUUGUUAGUAUGUCAAAUAUAUGAAUCCUUUUAGACUGUUGCAUGUUAAAGAUUAUCUUUCAUGGAGUCUUUUUUGCUCCAAAUACAGUCAUCUAGGUUUUAAAACAUUAGUUACAAGUACUCUAAUGUAGAAAAGGUAGGCAUGAGAAUGAAUAUCUUCACAGUGUAAAUGUACUUGUCUGGUUUUUAUUGUAUCUGUGUCAGAAAUAUUUGUAUUUCUGACAAAAUUAUAAUCAAAACCAGAUGAAUAUCUUUUGCACUGUGAAGAUAUACAUUCUUAUUCAUACCUCCUCAACAUCUGUCACAGUAAACUAUGUUCAAGUACUGUGAUAUAUUGUGUUUAAACCUAUGAGAACCCCUCUUCCCCUCCCUCUCCUUACCCUCGUGAACCCCUCAGAGAAUGUUCAAAUAGUCCAGAUGUAAACACAGGUGUAUUUGUGCCUCUGUUUUUAUAAAUGAUUCCUUUUUUUUUAUCAUUAUUAUUAUUAUCAUCUUAGAGGACCAGAUAACUUUGAUAUAUAUACAGUAUAUAAUAUAUGAAUAUAUAUAUAUGACAGUCUCGCAGUUUCUGUUUUCUUUUUAUGUUCUUUCUUUCUGUCAUCAAGGGUAAGGAAACACCCUAGAAAUCUUGUAAACAGAGAGAGAAGAAGAAAAAGUGACUGCUGGUGCUUUCGUAGUGAGUUAAUCCUCGUACUAUGGUUUAUCAAAAUCAGUCGUUCAUUAACCACAAGACAAGACAUUCAGGUUGGAGCAACGACAGAAAGAUUACAAAUCAUUCAAGAGAUUAGUAUGUGCUAGGAUGUUCCUGUUGAUCGUUUGUAAAUAGGAGUGUGUACGUGAAGAGAGUGCAUGAUCGGUUGCAAGUUGAAGAUAUACAAGGCAGUUGCUGAUUGUGGCAUUUGUCACAUGUUUGUGACUUUUUUAUGACUUUUGUCUGCAAUAGGAAAUGAUUGACAGAAUGAGCUGGUGUUGAUGUGGACUUCUUUUUUGUCUGUCCACUCAUAGUUAUAUUAUAUUGAAUGUUUGAUAUGUUACUGUAUUCAUAUUCAAAGAGGAUUGAGUGGCAACACAAGGCACAAAUUCCUUGCCAUUUUCAUUAUUAUUGCAUUAAUAACCUUUAAAUAUGGAAAAUUGAAAGUACAGAAGGCAUGCCUUAAUUAUGUUAUUCUUAUCAAAGCUUCAAAGCAUGACAAUGUAUGUUAACAAUAAGGAAGAUAUAUUGUUAGAACUCACUAGUCUAUAAAACAGAUUAUAGGUAUAUGGUUACCUUUUUUAUUGAUUGCCCCAAUGUUGAUUAAGUACUGAUGUAUAAUUUAUCUUUUUUUUCUUCUCAUUCAGAACAUUCAUUGUUUAGUUUUUCUCUGUUUUAAAUUGUGAGUACUGUAGAAGCUGCGUAUGUUAAAAGUUAAUUGCAGCAGACGAGUACGAAGUCAAAUUAUGUACAGUAUGGUACGCAUAUGGGGAUAAUCUUGUUGUAUGAUAGAAUCGUUAUUAGAUACCUUCACAUAUAUUAUGCAACACAAUUUUGAAUAUUCAAUUUUUGUAUACAAAUAAAAACAUACAAAUGUGAA